UAAUAAUUGACUGCUAGUUUAGCAGAGAGGAGCGAGCAUAAAAAGAAUAAAUGAUAGUGGCGUGUCAUGGAAAAUUUCCCAAAACGCAUCAUUGCGUAAAUUGCAAUUUAAAAUGUCAGGUCAGCGGCCAGAUAUUUACUUUAUUGCUAAGCAUUUAUUUCCGUCAUCAAAUCUUUCAAGAAACAAACAUGGACUUCGUCAAAAUUCUUUUAUUUCUCUCUCUCAUCUGUGGCUUGCUAGCGGAAGUAAAAUUACCGGCUGGAAUCUGUCGUUCCCAAAUCGUUAAGGGAAAACUCGUCCAGGUUGGAGAUUGCAAGAAAGACGAUGGAUACGGUGAGUUCGUCCUGCUUCAUGACAUAGUCGUAAUUACGCAAUGGUCUAAAAAUAUUCUCGGUGUGUAA